UAAUUCUUCGGGCUCAUGAGCAGCCAGCCGCUCGUAUGAAAUGGAGCCCAGUGGAUGGCAUUUCGUUUUGAUGCCGUCCGCUUUCACUGGGCCGCCCUUGUUGAUCAGCCAUGGUAUUUGUAUCGCGACUAAAGGAAGGCCCCAAGAAGCGAUGAUACGAUUAAAUGGAAUAAAUAAAGCCAGCACGCAAACCUCUAGCUGUCUAGCAAGAGAGCAUAGGGGCGGUACACAUAUACCCUUCUCCUGGUUCCUUUCCCCAACUCCAGCUCCAUUAUUGAUCCUUGAGAAGAGGUGGAGGAGGCAGGAGCGAAGAAGAAAGAGAAGUUCUUUAGUCAGGCAGUUUCUUUAAUCUUGUUUGGUGCAAAAAGGAGGGCAAGGAAGGGGGGAUGGCAUCAAAGAGGAUUCAGAAGGAGCUCAAGGAUCUGCAGAAGGACCCUCCUACCUCAUGCAGUGCAGGUCCUGUAGGUGAAGACAUGUUCCAUUGGCAGGCAACAAUAAUGGGUCCAUCUGAUAGCCCAUAUGCUGGUGGAGUUUUCCUAGUUACCAUCCACUUCCCUCCUGAUUAUCCUUUCAAACCACCAAAGGUGGCAUUCCGUACCAAGGUGUUCCAUCCAAAUAUCAACAGCAAUGGAAGCAUUUGCCUUGACAUCUUGAAGGAUCAAUGGAGUCCUGCGCUAACUAUUUCCAAGGUGUUGCUGUCCAUCUGUUCACUGCUUACUGACCCAAACCCUGACGAUCCUCUUGUUCCUGAGAUCGCUCACAUGUACAAGGUGGACCGGCACAAGUAUGAGAACACCGCGAGAACCUGGACCCAAAGGUAUGCCAUGUAAAAAUCGGAUCUUCGGAGUCUGAAGCUGCUGCGUUAUGUUACUUGUCGUGUUUCCCGUGAUUGUGUGCUGUAUGGAUCGAAUUGGGUCAUUUGCAGUGCACUGUGGUGCUGACUGGUCUAUUGUGUCAUUUCAAGCAGUAAUCCUGAAUGUCAAACUGGUGUUUGGAACGUGUUGCGUUGGAUAAUGCUGCCAUGCGAGUCAAUGUAUGCGAUGCAGCUGUUCCUUGUUGGAAACUUAAAUUGUUUCCUUGUCA